GUUUAUCUUAAAAUGCUGCAUCCGGUUGCGUUAAACCUUCUUACAGAACAUGUUAGAAACACAAAAAAAAAACCAAUUUCCCACUUGCCAAUGUCAAACUUAUUUUAAACACCUCCACUCCACCACCCUAAACACAACCACCGCUCUUCUAUCGACCUCCACCGCCUCCGUCAAAAUGGAUCCAACGCCGCCACCACAACCCUCCUCCACCACCACAGCAACAGCAACUAAUAAAUUCCGUCUGAUGUGCAGCUACGGUGGCCAAAUAAUCACACGUCCAAACACCAAAUCUUUAUACUAUGCUGGUGGUGACACUCGCAUCAUCACCAUCCCCACGACCACCACAACGCUUUCUUCUCUCACUACCCACUUAUCCUCAACACUUCAUAUUAACUGCCCAUUUACUCUAAAGUACCAACUUCCAAGCCAUGAUCUUGACUCUCUCAUUUCACUUUCUACUGAUGAUGAUCUUCUUAUUAUGCUUGAUGAGCACCACCGCCUCUCUCCUACUCCCUCACGUAUUCGAUUAUUCAUCUUUCAGACAAAACCCAUUUCUUCUAAUAUGGAGUUGAGUCAGUUCAAUGAAUUGAAGCAUCCCAAGACGGAGACUUGGUUUGCUGAUGUUUUGAAAAGUGCUAAAAUUAUGCAAAAAGGAUGUGGAAGUGGUCUUGGGUUUGGUUUAGAAGGGAAUUGUGAGGGUAAUAAUGAGAUUAAUGGUCUUUGUGGAGCUGAGUCUAUGAUUUUGGAGACUACUUCUUCUUUUGGCUCUACUUCUUCUUCUGUUUCUUUGUCUAAUUUGCCUGCUAAGGGUGCCCAAGCUGACGAUCUUGGUGCUGGUUUGUUGGAUAAUAAGGUCAAAUUGUCUGCUUCUGAAUCAUUUGCUGCAAGUGAUAAUAGUGUGGCUAUGGCUACUACUGUUUCUCAUCCACAGCCUGGGACUUAUCAAGACCCAGUUGCUCCUGUUCCUGUACUGGAGAAUAGAACUGGUUACCCUAUAGAGUCAGAGACAAAGGUCGUUGAUUCUCCCAUCGGUAUUGAGAUGCAUAAGACAGUUCAGGUUUCUGGGUUUCCAUUGUCUCUACAGUUUGAUCAACCACAAGUACAAUUUGUUCAUACUGCUACCCCACAUUACUUGCCCCAGAACCCAACUGGCAUGAUGCCAGUAUCUUCUUACUAUGUGAUGAGUUCUCCAGUGCCUCAGCAGCAGACAUAUUAUCAGACCAAUCAGCCGGCUCCAGUAUAUUUUGUGCCUGUUGGGCAUCCUUACAAUUUCCCUAUGCAAAGUAGCUUGAUUAAACCUGCAACUAUUGCUUCUAGUCGUCCACCAGCUCAUCCUAAUCCUUCUCUAAACCCAGUCCAAGUGGCUUACAAGGUUGCAGCAGCAUCAUCUGUGCCUGAGGCAGCCUCACAGGUUUAUAGAACAGUCCCAAUGCCAAGUUCACUUGUUAAUGUACCAUGCAAGGAAAAUCGUCAGCAAGCUGGAGGUUUUUCUCAAGUAAAUCAGCAAGUUCAGUCCAUUGGUAUUGCUUCCAUAGAAACUGAGAAUUAUACUAAUGAACUUGAUGAUGACCCUCUGCGUAUUCAAAUAUAUAAAUCUCAGCCUCCACCUCCUAAAUUGCCUUCUCAAUACCCAACCAUGACCAAAGCCUCAGCAGUCAUGUUGUCAGAGGCUUUAGCACAGUUGCACACGGACAAUGCUAAGCAGCAAAUAAGAACCACACAGCCACAAUAAGCAUAUGUUGGAUUGAACAAUUUUGGGAGGAGAGUUUUUGGUAAUUUGGAACUUUUCCUUGUAUUUUUAUUCUGGUAGUAUUUUGAGUUGUUUAUUUGUAAUGGAAGUAACAGUUUGGUCUUCUUACCUUUUUGUUUCAUUUUUUUUUUUGUUACCCUAAAUUAUAUUGCCGUCUUUGUUACUUGAUAUGAGUGUUGAGAUUUUAUAGUAUGUAGUAUAAGUAUAAAUAUACCAUACUUGUAAACACAAUGUAUAAGUUUUAUUGAAUUUAACUGUGAUCCAUCAAUUUUGAACUGUUUUAA